AUGAGAAUAUUGUCAUAUGGUAUCGCAGCAGAUGUAGUUGAUGAUUAUAUACGUAUCGGGGAAAGCACUACAAUUCAAAGUUUGCAACAAUUUUGUAAUUCAGUGAUUGAAAUCUUUGGACCAAAAUAUCUGAGAUCUCCGACACCAACUAAUAUUGCUAGAUUACUUGCUACUGGGGAGGUUCGGGGGUUUCCGGGUAAAGCUCCCCCUGUCCAUUACACUAUUAAUGGACAUAGUUAUAAUAUGGGUUAUUACCUUGCUGAUGGUAUAUACCCUAAAUGGGCAACACUAAUUCAAACAAUUUCUUCUUCCCAAGGAGCAAAGAGACAACAUUUUGCAAUGAUGCAAGUGUCUGCCAGGAAAGAUGUAGAGCGGGCAUUCGGAGUCCUUCAAUCUCGAUUCGCAAUUACAGGUGGUGCUGUACGUUUUUGGGAUCCGAAAAUGCUUGCCAACAUAAUGAAGAGUUGCAUUAUAUUACAUAAUAUGAUUGUCGAAGAUGAGAGGGAGGAGCACCUUGAUUUCGAUUAUGAAAUUUCAGCAACCAACGCACCAAUGCAACUUUUCUCUACUCCUACCAAUGACUUCCAAUCAUUUUUGUCUCGUCAUUUAAGUAUUAGAGAUAAGGAUGCAUAUCAUGCCCUCCGUAAUGAUUUAAUAGAAUAUAUGUGGCAUCUUCAUGGUGAAAACUAA